AUGUAUUUUGCUCCAAGUAAUGAUGUUGUUAAAGUUGUGAUGCGUGAUGAAAUAUUCAUUGUCAAAAAACUUUCAAGAUUUGCACCACACAUAUGUUCGUACAGUGACAAAGAUAUUUAUGGAAGUAUACGCGCAAUUUUAAAUAAGGAACAGUUUAAAAACUUUUGUGACAAUAAUAUUUUUGGUUAUUUUAUGAAGAAGCAGCAAUGUGUAGUGCAAGCACAGUUAUGCAGAUGCGUUAUGACGCUUGAGGUGAAGGGUAAUUCUUUUUUUGGGAUUCUGAUUUGUGCUAAUGGCACCUUUCUUAAUUUUACUCCCAGGAAAUUUGCUAUCAUAACUGGAUUGAAUUGUGUGUCAAAUAGUGGAAGAUAUAAGGAUUUUCUAUGGGGUUCUUUAUCUUUUGAAGAUCUGGUCAGAAGUUUGAACAAUCGAUUGAAAACUGAUGGUCAAUUUUAUUUGAUUCAGGGAAUGCCACUAGCUAUUCAAACGAUUGCACCUCGUCCACGCUUUGAGUUUUUGAUGAAUGCUAUGUUCAGUGACAAUGACAAGGUUGUCUUUAAGAACGUAGAGCCAACGAAAAAGGAGCUGUCAAAAUUGCAAAUACCACAGAAAAAUGCAAUACGACAUGAACGUUCUGUUGAUUCUGAUGACGACUUACAGGAUCCACCACCAAGAAAGAUCAACGAACAUUCAAAGAAGAAACAGAAGGUUUAUCCAUCAACACCAAUGGCGAACAAACCUUUAAGAAAAAAGCAAGUAAAUAUUUUUGAUGAGCAUACCCAAACGAGGACACCAGCUCCUCGUGCUGCAAAGGCUGAUGGAAUGAAGACACCAGUUUUCAAGCCAAUUCCAACACGACAGGCAUCUUCUUCAAAAACGAAGAAAGAAAAGCAAACAGUUCGGGUUAUUUUUCCUCAGGUACAGUCAAAGCCAGAUAUUCAUGUAGAGGAAGUAGCCGUGUCAAAGCCUGAGAGUCAUGUUGAGAAAGAAGCCUUUAUUUCUAAGAAAGAUUGUGAUGCAUUCCGCGAUGAGGUUCGUAGCGAGUUUAAAGAAAUUCGUGGACUAAUGAGAAAAAAAUUCAAAAAGAUGAAGAAAGCAUUUGCUCAAAGCAAGGAGCGGGUUGUAGAUAUAGAAGCUGAUAAACCAAAUGUUGAUGAGGGAGGGUUAGAGCAAUCUGGACAACAUUUCAGUCCUGAUGUUGUUCAAUCUUCGGAUAAUAUUUCUGACGUUACAAAGCAACAACGUACAGAUAAAGAUCCUGAUCUCCAGAAUAUGGAUUAUGUUGGUACCGAAAGAUCACCACAACGAUUAACUUCGGAGGUUGGUCAGGAAUUGGAGGUAAAUUUGCUUGAUAAAAAGACCAGCGAUGAGAAAAUUCAUAAAAUAAUUUUGUCUGAUUUGCAAUUCACAAUUCCUGAUGAGAUGUUACCGAACCUAAAUUCCUAUCAAAUACAAAGAAUCAUCAUACAUCUAUCGGCAAACCGUCAAGAAGAAUCUCAUCAUGAAAUUUUGGAUACAAAAACUUCUGAGACUGUUAUUAAAGAUCAUGCUCAAAUGAACAGAAGGAUCACUGAUUUGACUUCAAAUUCACUAGUGAAUUCAGAGGUCGAACUUGCUACAAAGGAGCAAGUUAGGAAACCUCCUAAUACACAAGAAGUAACCAAUUAUGAACAGAGGGAUGAAAAAUUGUGGCCUGAUUCACAAAAUACAAUUCCGGAUGAGUUUCUACCUAGCUUGGAUGUCUACGAUCAAAAAAGCAUCAUGAUUCAUCCAUCCGCUAAUCGUGAAGUUAAAACUCCCAGACCAAAGUUAAGGAUUAGACGACCAUCAAAAUUCAAGGAAUCGCCAUACACCAAAAAAUUUGGUUCAGCAAAUGGGAGCUCAGCAGGGCUAAUACGCAUAUUCCUCCAGAAACAUCCAUUUUUAUAUCACCCGAUUGAUGGGAUAAUAGAUACGAAGAUUGUCAAGAACUUCAAGGACUAA